AUGAACAAGAUACGAGCGAUCCAGGAGCUCAACAAGAGGGAGAUCGAGCAGGGAAUCUCCCCCAGCGCCUCCUGGCAUGUCGACUACCGCGACACGGCCUUCGUCUACUUCGGCGGGCUCCCCUACGAGCUCAGCGAGGGCGACGUCAUCACCAUCUUCUCGCAGUUCGGCGAGCCGACCUUCCUCAAGCUCGCCCGCGACAAGGAGACGGGCAAGUCGCGCGGCUUCGGCUGGCUCAAGUACGAGGACCAGCGCAGCACGGACCUCGCCGUGGACAACCUGGGCGGCGCGACCAUCAACGGCCGCAUGGUCAGCGUCGACCACGCGAGGUACAAGCCGCGGGACGACGAGGACGUGGACGAGUGCCGCGUCGACUGGGAGACGCUGCAGAGGCGGGAGAAGCUCGCCAAGGGCGGCGGCGGGGACGACGACACAGAUAUGGGCGAGGGGAGCGACGACGAGGCGGCCGCGAGGAAUCGGCAUCGGCCGAUGCUGAAGGAGGAGCGGGAGCUCAUGCUUCUGGAGCAGGACCACGACGACGACGACCCCAUGAAGGCCUUCCUGGUCGAGGAGAAGAAGAAGGAAGUCGAGGACGCGCUGCGCCGGGCAUCGAGGAAGAAGAGGGACGGCGGCGACAGGCACACUGGCCGGCAUCACCGGUCGCACAGGUCUCGGAGGGACGACAGCGAGGACGACGGAGACCAGCACAGGCGCAGGCGCAGGAGGCACGGCGAGGAAGACGAGGACCGCAGGGAGCGAUCGAGGCGCGACGAUGCCCUUAAUUUGAAGGAUGCGGACGAGGAUGACCACCGCCGCGAGAGGCGGCGCCGCGACUCACGGGAGCGCGAUGACAGGCGUGAUAGAGAUCGCGACGGCCGCGAAAGGAAGCGGGACCGCGACAGGGAACGCAUCGGACCUCCGACCGAGACCGAAGUCAUCGGCACAGAGAUAGGAGUAGAUCACCUUGAAGGCAACACGGAGAUGCAGUAUCAUUGA